AUGCUUGUCAGUGGAACUGUGGCAUAUAGAUCUACACUCAAUGCUGUUUUGUCGGCAUGUUUGGAGUUGGAGUUACCAUUGUUGGGGGUACAGUUGCGUUCAUGGGUUAUACAGUCUGGAUUGGCUUUGGAUGUCUGUGUUGGAUGCAGCUUGGCAGACAUGUACGUGAAGUUUGUAGCUGGUGGAUCGCUUCAUGAUUCAAGAAAGGUGUUUGAUCAGAUGCAAGAUAAUAGCGUGAUCAUGUAUCCUUGGUCGGGCCACAUGGAAGACGCUCAGAGAGCUUUUGAUGCGCUAUUUGAAAAGAAUUUGAUUUCUCAUGGUACCUUUGUGGAUGCCUAUGCCAAAAGUUUGGACGAUCAAGCCUUUGAACUACUACAUGAGAUUGAGAGAGGAAUCGGAAUGAGUGCUUUUACAUUUGCCAGCCUUUUAAGUGGAGCUGCCUCUAUCGGCGUUACUGGUAAGGGGAAGCAAAUCCACGCGAGGAUGGCUGAGGCGGAGAGGAUAUAUAUGGACAUGGGUAGUAAAAGGGACUUGGUUUCCUGGAAUUCCAUGAUCUCUUGUUAUGCCAAGGUUAUUUACGGUUGUCCGGUUCCCGAUAAUGCAUCAAUUGGGGAUAUAGUUUUCGGGUUUAUAAUCAAAAGCUGCUAUGCUGAUUCUGAGGGGUUUGUUGGGUGUGCAUUAAUUAGCAUGUUUACAACGGGUAGUACUGAUUUGGUUUCAGCUCGUAAGGUGUUCAAGAAAUCUCCCGGGAGGAGUGUGGUUGCUUGGACUUUGAUGAUGACGAGAUAUACUCUGUUGGGCUGUCCAAAGAAAGCUGUUGAUUUGUUUCUGGAUAUGCUUGAGAGUGUGCCUGGCCAGAUAGAUCUACACUCACAGCUAGGAUAUGCUCAAACUGAAGACAAUGGGGAGGCUAUCAAACUCUUUUCGGAAAUGAUAAAAGGUCCAGUGAGGCCAAACCAUUUCACAUUUGCUAGUGAUCUCAAGGCAUGUGGAAGUACUUGCGAUGUGGACAUGGGGAUACAAAUAAACGAGCUAGCUACAAAAUUGGGCUUUGCCGGCGAUACUUGCAUGACCAAUUCUCUUAUUAGCAUUUAUUCUCGGUCGGGUCACGGGAAAGACGCUCAGAGAACUUUUGAUGCACUAUUUGAAAAGAAUUUAAUUUCUUUCAAUACCCUUGUGGAUGCCUAUGCCAAGAGCUUGGAGUCCGACGAAGCCUUUGAAUUGCUACAUGAGAUUGAGGAGAGAGGAAUCGGAAUGAGUGCUUUUACAUUUGCCAACCUCCCUAUUGGUAAAGGGAGCAAAUACAUGCGAGACGGUAAAAUCAGGGCUGGACUCAAAUCAGUGCAUUUCCAAUGCUUUGAUCACUAUGUAUAUAGGGUCUGCAAUACAUUUCUUGGAGCUUGCCAAGUUCACGGCAAUGUUGAACUUGCAAACAAGCUGCAGCAAUAUAUUUUUAGCAGGAUGCAGACUACCCUGCUGCUUAUGUUUUGCUAUCAAAUAAGAAGGCUUGGCUGGUGUUGGGAAGAUGCAGCAGAAAUUAGAAAGAAGAUGAAACUUGAAUUUGUUACAAAAGAAGCUGAUUGUAGCUGGAUUCAAGUGAAAAAUAAAGUUCACAAGUUCUAUGUGGGUGACACUUCACACCCGAAGGUACAGGAGAUCUAUGACAAACUGGGCCAAUUGGCUAGUCGAAUAAAGAAACUGGGUAAUGUUCUGAAUAUUGAAUUUGUUCUUCAUGAUGUGGAAAAAGGACAAAAAGAACAAUGUUUGAUCCAGCACAGUGAACAAAUUGCUGCUGUUUUUGGCCUUAUAAGCACUUCCAGUCCAAAAUCUGUCAGUGUUUAA